AUGGGCGGGUGGGUGGAAGCAUGGGCAGGUGGAAGCAUGGGCGGGUGGAAGCAUGGGCGGGUGGAAGCAUGGGCGGGUGGAAGCAUGGGCGGGUGGAAGCAUGGGCGGGUGGAAGCAUGUUCGGGUGGAAGCAUGGGCGGGUGGAAGCAUGGGCGGGUGGAAGCAUGGGCGGGUGGAAGCAGGGGCGGGUGGAAGCAUUUGCGGGUGGAAGCAUGGGCGGGUGGAAGCAUGGGCGGGUGGAAGCAUGGGCGGGUGGAAGCAUGGGCGGGUGGAAGCAUAGGCGGGUGGAAGCAUGGGCGGGUGGAAGCAUGGGCGGGUGGAAGCAUAGGCGGGUGGAAGCAUGGGCGGGUGGAAGCAUGGGCGGGUGGAAGCAUGGGCGGGUGUGUGGAAGCAUGGGCGGGUGGGUGGAAGCAUGGGCAGGUGGAAGCAUGGGCGGGUGGAAGCAUGGGCGGGUGGAAGCAUGGGCGGGUGGAAGCAUGGGCGGGUGGAAGCAUGGGCGGGUGGAAGCAUGGGCGGGUGGAAGCAUGGGCGGGUGGGUGGAACCAUGGGCGGGUGGAAUCAUGGGCGGGUGAAAGCAUGGGCGGGUGGAAGCAUGGGGGGGUGGAAGCAUGGGCGGGUGGAAGCAUGGGCGGGUGGAAGCAUGGGCGGGUGGAAGCAUGGGCGGGUGGGAGGAAGCAUGGGCGGGUGGAAGCAUGGGCGGGUGGAAGCAUGGGCGGGUGGAAGCAUGGGCGGGUGGGUGGAAGCAUGGGCAGGUGGAAGCAUGGGCGGGUGGAAGCAUGGGCGGGUGGAAGCAUGGGCGGGUGGAAGCAUGGGCGGGUGGAAGCAUGGGCGGGUGGAAGCAUGGGCGGGUGGAAGCAUGGGCGGGUGGGUGGAAGCAUGGGCAGGUGGAAGCAUGGGCGGGUGGGUGGAAGCAUGGGCGGGUGGAAGCAUGGGCGGGUGGAAGCAUGGGCGGCUGGAAGCAUGGGCGGGUGGAAGCAUGGGCGGGUGGAUGCAUGGGCGGGUGGAAGCAUGGGUGGGUGGAAGCAUAGGCGGGUGGAAGCAUGGGCGGGUGGGUGGAAGCAUGGGCGGGUGGAAGAAUGGGUGGGUGGAAGCAUGGGCAGGUGGAAGCAUGGGAGGGUGGAAGCAUGGGCGGGUGGAAGCAUGGGCGGGUGGGUGGAAGCAUGGGCGGGUGGAAGCAUGGGCGGGUGGAAGCAUGGGCGGGUGGGUGGAAGCAUGGGCGGGUGGAAGCAUGGGCGGGUGGAAGCAUGGGCGGGUGGAAGCAUGGGCGGGUGGGUGGAAGCUUGGGCGGGUGGAAGCAUGGGUGGGUGGAAGCAUGGGCGGGUGGAAGCAUGGGCGGGUGGAAGCAUGGGCGGGUGGAAGCAUGGGCGGGUGGAAGCAUGGGCGGGUGGAAGCAUGGGAGGGUGGAAGCAUGGGCGGGUGGAAGCAUGGGCGGGUGGAAGCAUGGGCGGUUGGAAGCAUGGGCGGGUGGAAGCAUGGGCGGGUGGAAGCAUGGGCGGGCGGAAGCAUGGGCGGGUGGGUGGAACCAUGGGCGGGUGGAAUCAUGGGCGGGUGGAAGCAUGGGCGGGUGGAAGCAUGGGCGGGUGGAAGCAUGGGCGGGUGGAAGCAUGGGCGGGUGGAAGCAUGGGCAGGUGGAAGCAUGGGCGGGUGGAAGCAUGGGCGUGUGGAAGCAUGGGCGGGUGGAAGCAUGGGCGGGUGGAAGCAUGGGCGGGUGGAAGCAUGGGCGGGUGGAAGCAUGGGCGGGUGGAAGCAUGGGCGGGUGGAAGCAUGGGCGGGUGGAAGCAUGGGCGGGUGGGUGGAAGCAUGGGCGGGUGGAAGCAUGGGCGGGUGGAAGCAUGGGCGGGUGGGUGGAAGCGUGGGCGGGUGGAAGCAUGGGCGGGUGGAAGCAUGGGCGGGUGGAAGCAUGGGCGGGUGGAAGCAUGGGCGGGUGGGUGGAAGCAUGGGCAGGUGGAAGCAUGGGCGGGUGGAAGCAUGGGCGGGUGGAAGCAUGGGCGGAUGGAAGCAUGGGCGGGUGGGUGGAAGCAUGGGCAGGUGGAAGCAUGGGCGGCUGGAAGCAUGGGCGGGUGGGUGGAAGCAUGGGCAGGUGGAAGCAUGGGCGGGUGGAAGCAUGGGCAGGUGGGUGGAAGCAUGGGCAGGUUGAAGCAUGGGCGGGUGGAAGCGUGGGCGGGUGGGUGGAAGCAUGGGCGGGUGGAAGCAUGGGCGGGUGGAAGCAUGGGCGGGUGGAACCAUGGGCGGGUGGAAGCAUGGGCGGGUGGAAGCAUGGGCGGGUGGGUGGAAGCAUGGGCAGGGUGGAAGCAUGGGCGGGUGGAAGCAUGGGCGGGUGGGUGGAAGCAUGGGCAGGUGGAAGCAUGGGCGGGUGGAAGCAUGGGCGGGUGGGUGGAAGCAUGGGCAGGUGGAAGCAUGGGCGGGUGGAAGCAUGGGCGGGUGGAAGCAUGGGUGGGUGGAAGCAUGGGCGGGUGGAAGCAUAGGCGGGUGGAAGGAUGGGCGGGUGGAAGCAUGGGCGGGUGGAAGCAUGGGCGGGUGGAAGCAUGGGCGGGUGGAAGCAUGGGCAGGUGGAAGCAUGGGAGGGUGGAAGCAUGGGCGGGUGGAAGCAUGGGCGAGUGGGUGGAAGUACGGGCGGGUGGAAGCAUGGGCGGGUGGAAGCAUGGGCGGGUUGAAGCAUGGGCGGGUGGAAGCAUGGGCGGGUGGAAGCAUGGGCGGGUGGAAGCAUGGGCGGGUGGGUGGAAGCAUGGGCGGGUGGAAGCAUGGGCGGGUGGAAGCAUGGGCGGGUGGAAGCAUGGGCGGGUGGAAGCAAGGGCGGGUGGAAGCACGGGCGGGUGGAAGCAUGGGCGGGUGGAAGCAUGGGCGGGUGGAAGCAUGGGCGGGUGGAAGCAUGGGCGGGUGGAAGCAUGGGCGGGUGGAAGCAUGGGCGGGUGGAAGCAUGGGCGGGUGGAAGCAUGGGCGGGUGGAAGCAUGGGCGGGUGGGUGGAAGCAUGGGCGGGUGGAAGCAUGGGCGGGUGGAAGCAUGGGCGGGUGGAAGCAUGGGCGGGUGGAAGCAUGGGCGGGUGGAAGCAUGGGCGGGUGGAAGCAUGGGCGGGUGGAAGCAUAGGCGGGUGGAAGCAUGGGCGGGUGGAAGCAUGGGCAGGUGGGUGGAAGCAUGGGUGGGUGGAAGCAUGGGCGGGUGGAAGCAUGGGCGGGUGGAAGCAUGGGCGGGUGGGUGGAAGCAUGGGCGGGUGGAAGCAUGGGCGGGUGGAAGCAUGGGCGGGUGGAAGCAUGGGCGGGUGGAAGCAUGGGCGGGUGGGUGGAAGCAUGGGCAGGUGGAAGCAUGGGCGGGUGGAAGCAUGGGCGGGUGGAAGCAUGGGCGCGUGGAAGCAUGGGCGGGUGGAAGCAUGGCAAAUAACUUUGGACGUGUACGACGCCACCGUAAAUGCAGUUAACAGCGGUGGGAGGGGCAGGACGGCCCUAUCUGCCAUCGGCGGCUGCCUCUUCGCCUGCCGCGCCGCGCCGCGCCGCGCCGGCCAAUCAGCUGCCGGCGUGUGA